UGGCUUGGCUAAUGAAUAUUUAGUUAAGCCUAAUUAAAUAAUCAAUCAGGCAGGCUGUAUCCCCGCCCCGCCCUGCCCCGGAGGGCCAGAUCCUUAUGCACGCGGGCACGCCUUCAGCCGUCAGCGUCUGAUCACGUUUCCUCAGCAACACGUUUCCUCCUCUGUGCGCCUGGAUGGCUCAGCCGUCACACUCCCCAGGGAGAGAGACACAUAUCAGCUACUGAAUGAGAAAAGUCUCCCAAAAUAACGGUGCUACAAGUCGCCGUCCCAGGGCGGAACACCCUUUCAGCUUAAUGGUUAUUAUCGUUCAUGUGGACUUGUUGAACAACAAGGAACUGCAUCUCAUGAAGAAAGAUAGGUGUUUCCCUCAUCUAUUCACCAGAUGACACAAGAUGGGUUUGAAAGUCCCCCAUUGAUUUGUAUUAAAUAGUACGAGAGGGGAAACAUGGGAGCAUCAUUGUAUCGCUUGAUUGCUUUCUUUGUGGCUGUCGGCACGACCCACGGCCAAACAGUUUGCAACAGACCAUCCUCACUCGAAUGGCACCUGAAACAACUCGCAGUCCAAGUGAAUUGGACUCUCAUAGGAAACAUCUGUACAAGCGUUUCGGAGUGCUGGGAUUCUCAGGGGGGAGACGACUCGAGCGGGCAUCCUUUCAACUUCCCACAGAUAUGCCCACUUCAGCUGCAGCAUGGAGACAAACUGCUGAUGUCUGCUGAUGAAACACUGAAGUCAUAUGGCAUCAGACUCCUCAACGUUUCAAAAUACGACUUUGAAAACUGCUCCACAAGUGGACUGAUAAAAGAUCAGUUCCUUUUCCCCCACAAUAUAAAUGAAAGUGCGCAAGUCGAGGCCAAGUGGCUCGUUCCCGGUCAUCAUUACUUCAUCGCUCUGCAUGAGGGAGAUCCGCAGCUGUGCAAGUUUGGCUUAAGGCUGAAUGUGUCUGUUAAAACGCAACUUUGUCAGGGUUCUCCUCUGCUUCGACUUUGUUCAGGGAGUGGUAUUUGUCAAACAGACCUCUGGGAGGGCGCAUACCACUGUCGAUGCCACCACCAUUACUCUGGGAGGUUUUGUGAAAAGUUUGAUGCCUGUUUGGAUAACCCUUGUGAAAACAAAGGAGUCUGUUUGAGCAAUGGAUCCACAGAUCCAAACCACAGAACGUAUAAAUGUCUGUGUCCUCCACAUUUUACAGGGGUUAACUGCUCCGAAGUCAUCGGGAAAGAAAACUGUGAAAGGGUUUGUGAAAAUGGGACGUGCGUUCGAGUGUUGCCUACGUCCUUCAAAUGCGUCUGUGACACAGGAGUCUCUGGUCCACCUUGUGUGAAGAAGAGCGCCCCCUGUCAUCCAAAUCCAUGCAGAAACGGCGGCUUGUGCGAGGAGAGCCCCACAGGAUUUGUUUGUCAUUGUCCGGAAGGAUUCGGGGGCCUCUUCUGUGACUCCAGAGUUGACUUCGAUUGCAUGUCAUAUUCAUGUCAAGAGGAACAAAUUUGUAAUGCAGGGGAGCGUGCCUCUGAAUGUGUCUGUGCAGAUGGUAAUGUGGUCCCAGCAUGCAGGAGGCAGCAGAACCUGUGCAGCCCAUCACCAUGUCUCAACAAUGCCACCUGCGUGUCCAGGGGAAAUGACUAUGUCUGCAGAUGUCUGAGAGGGUUUUCUGGGAAGAACUGUGAAGAAAUAAUUGACUACUGCAGGCUGCUCAAUAUCAACUGCCUAAAUGAGGGAUUGUGCUUGAGUGUAAUUGGCGGAUAUCAGUGUGUUUGUACCCCAGGAUGGAUCGGAGAGUUUUGUCAAUAUGUGGGCAAUGCCUGUUUGAUAAAACCAAACAGCUGCUUGAACGGAGCCACGUGCAUUACAACAAGUCAGCCGUCAUCUCCCCCACAGUACACCUGCAAAUGCCUCCCCGGCUUCACAGGAACAAAAUGUGAGACUGAGAUCAACGAGUGCGACUCCAGCCCCUGUCAGCACAACGGCACAUGCUCUGAUUUGCUAGGACGCUACAAAUGCCAAUGUCCUACAGGUUUUCUGGGAACGAAUUGUGAAGUCGACAUAGAUGCUUGUGCGCUGCCCAACAACACGUGUCCACCAAAGACUCAGUGUUUGGAUCUCCCAGACGGGCUCGAAUACACCUGCCGUGUCGCCUGCCCUCGAAACUUUCAACCCUGUGCCAACGGAGGACGCUGUGUGUUGAAUAAUGCCAGCAGCUACACCUGUGUCUGUGCGCCUGGUUGGUCCGGUCACAACUGCCGUAUAAAUGUCAACGAUUGUGUUCAACAUCGGUGUCAAAAUGGAGCUACCUGUGUGGAUGGGAUUGAUGGUUACAGCUGCCAUUGUCCCAGAGGAUACACAGGCGUACGCUGUGAAGAGGACAUUGAUUACUGUGUUGGUCAUCACUGCUCUGAACACGGUGUUUGCCUGGACCAGCAGUAUAACUUCACCUGCCGCUGCAUGCUCGGAUUUGAAGGGUCGCUCUGUGAACUGGAAACAAAUGAGUGUAACAGCUUCCCCUGUGCAAGCGGUGCCACCUGUGUGGACCUAAUCAGUGAUUAUCGGUGCCACUGUCCCCCAGGGUUUGAAGGAAGGACCUGCUCUGAGAAUGUAAAUGACUGCUGGCCGCAGCCUUGUCUAAAUGGAGGCUCGUGUAUGGAUCUGAUAAAUGACUACAUUUGUCAUUGUCCUGUUGGAUUCAAGGGGAAAGAUUGCUCCGUGGAUAUUGACCUUUGCUCAUUUGGAAUCUGCAGUGAACACACUUUAAUGUGCACUGAGACCAAGGAUGGGCAUAAUGUGACUUGCACAUGUGAAAGAGGGUUUGGAGGAUCGUUUUGUGAAGUAAAUCUCAAUGACUGCGAGUCAAAGCCAUGCCAAAACGGUGGUGUUUGUGUGGACGGCGUUGACCAAUAUCAGUGCUUCUGCUCAGAGGGGUUUGGGGGGUUGAACUGUGAAAUCAACUAUGAUGAAUGUGUCCAUGGAUAUUGCGCCAAUAAUUCCACAUGUAUUGACCUGGUUGCAGACUAUGAGUGCAUCUGUCCUCUGGGCUUUGCUGAUGUUGACUUCUGCAAGAAUGGAGGAACCUGCUCCCGCAGCUUUACUGGAGAGAUAUACUGUAUUUGCCAUCCAGGAUACCAUGGCAAAGACUGCUCCUCAUCUGUGAACCAAUGUGUGUCGAAUCCUUGCGACCCUGAGGGGACUCUCCUCUGUGAAGAGCUGGCAAAUACUUAUAGAUGUGUGUGUCAACAUGGCUACACUGGGCCACACUGCAAAACACCUAUAAACCACUGUGUCGAUGGCCUGUGUCAACACAGUUCAGUGUGUGUGGAUCUAUCAAGAGGGUUCAAGUGUGAUUGUUUACCAGGUUUCACAGGCCAGUUUUGUGAGAUAAACAUUGACGAUUGUGAAGAACGGCCGUGUGGAGUCCUGAGUAUUUGUAAAGACACUGUAAAUGGCUACAGCUGCUUCUGUGCGCCUGGAUUUAUUGGAAGUAACUGUGAGAUUGAAGUGAAUGAAUGUCUCAGCCAGCCCUGCCGGAAUGGAGGCUCCUGCGUUGAUGAGCUCAACUCAUUCAGCUGCCAGUGUCCUCCUGGAGUCGCAGGGGAUUAUUGUGAAGUCAGCACAGAUGAGUGCACGUCCUCUCCCUGUCUGCACAAUGCCACAUGUGUUGACCUUGCUCAUGGCUAUGGAUGUGUCUGUGCGCCCGGCUUUACAGGUACAAAGUGUGAACUUGACAUUGAUGAGUGUGCUUCAUCUCCCUGCAAGAAUGGAGCCACUUGCAUUGACCAGCCUGGUAAUUACUUCUGCCUAUGUGUGGCUCCAUUUAAAGGUCAUAAUUGUGAGUUCUUACCCUGCGAGGCCAGUAAUCCCUGUGAGAACGGUGCAGUGUGUGUGGAGGAGUUGGAUCAGGACCAUUUCCCUUUAGGUUUCCGCUGUCACUGUCGCCGGGGCUUCACUGGCCCCCGCUGUGAAAUCAAUGUGGAUGAGUGCAGCUCUAGCCCCUGUCUUCACGGCUUCUGCUAUGAUGUUGUAGAUGGCUUUUACUGCCUUUGCAGUCCGGGUUAUGCCGGGCUGAGAUGUGAGCAAGACAUCGAUGACUGCGUGAACAGUUUGUGCAGUCCCAAUUCUGUUUGUAAGGACCUCCAUCUGAGUUAUGAGUGUGUGUGUCAUCCUGGCUGGGAGGGGGAGUACUGCCAACAAGAAAUUGAUGAAUGUUUAUCACAGCCCUGCAAAAACAACGCCACCUGCACAGACCUUCUCAACAGCUACAAGUGUUUGUGCUCACCGGGGUGGACAGGUGUGGACUGUGCAGAGGAUGUGGAUGAGUGUGAUUCUGGGCCCUGUCUAAAUGGAGCUCAGUGUCAGGAGUCAGACAUACCUGGGGAGUUCUCCUGCACCUGUCCCCCCUUCUUCAGUGGCCCCCUGUGCAACCAGCCUUAUGACCCCUGUGACCCCCUCCACAAUCCGUGCCUGCACAACUCCACCUGCUUGACACGCUCCGAUGGAACAGCCUCCUGCAGAUGCCCAGCUGGAUUUGAAGGAAGUUGGUGUGAAAUUGACACCAAUGAGUGUAGCUCAAAUCCAUGCCAAAACCAGGGUGACUGUGUGGACGGGGUCAACAGUUACAGCUGUGAUUGUAAGAUGGGAUUUGCUGGCCAUCACUGUGAGGAAGACAUCAAUGAAUGCACCUCUAGCCCUUGCCACAACGCUGGCAUUUGUGAAGACCUUGUGAACGAAUUCCGCUGCAUUUGCCCUCCUGGUUAUUUUGGAACGCUGUGUGACCUGGAUGUGAAUGAGUGUGAAGUUUCACCUUGCCUACACGAGGGCAUCUGUAUCAACACGCCCGGGGGCUUCAAGUGUGUCUGUCGCCCUGGAUACUCAGGUGCACGGUGUGAAGUUAACAUCGAUGAGUGCGUUUCAAACCCAUGUCAAAAUAGUGGGAGAUGUAUCGAUGCGCCUAAUCGAUACCACUGCUCAUGCCCUGAUGGCUUCAUUGGGCUCCACUGUGAGACCAACACUGAUGAAUGCAUGUCAGCGCCUUGUCUUCAUGGGAGCUGUAAGGAUGGAAUACGUUCCUACUCCUGCCUGUGUGAAUCCGGAUGGACUGGCAGCAGAUGUGAAACAAACAUCGACGACUGUGCUUCCAGCCCCUGUCUGAAUGGAGGCUCGUGUGUGGACCUCACUGAUAAAUAUGCAUGCUUCUGUCAGGACGGUUACACGGGGAAAACCUGUGAGACUGAUGUAGACGUCUGCAAACAGGCCGCUGUUAAUGUCUCGCUGUGUUUCAAUGGAGCCACCUGCCUCGACGGUGAAGGAUCAAACUUUACAUGCAUCUGUCCACCAGGAUUCAUGGGGGAUUUCUGUGAAGUGGAUGUUAACGAAUGUUGCUCAGCGCCCUGCCACAACGGUGCCAUUUGCCAAGAUCUUAUUAAUAGCUACGUCUGCCACUGCAGGUCAGGUUGGACAGGCCUUCACUGUGAGGAUGACAUUAAUGAGUGCCUUCCACCGCCCUGCAACCAGGGGAUAUGCAUUCAGAAUGAUCCAGGCUAUGGCUACACCUGUUUCUGUCGUCCUGGAUUUGUGGGGAAGAACUGUGAGCACAACUAUGAUGAUUGCCUGUCGAAUCCAUGUCCAGAAGCAUUUUCCUGUGUAGAUGGCAUCAACAAGGUCAGUUGCCUGCCUCCUGUUACGGAUGCUGUUCCCUUGACGACUGUAGUCAAGAACAUCACUCGUGGCUCCACACCUAGAGUGCCAACGCCAACACUCAGCCCGGUACCAACAGCUGAGCAAACCACAGAUUCAAGCUACAUUCAGUACUUUGGGAAUUCAUACCUUGAGUUUAAGGGUAUUGACCUCAGCGCACUCAACAACAUCACUGUCAGAUUCCAGACCCAAGUGGCCCAGGGAACUAUAUUUUAUGUGGACCAAGGACCUGCUAAUGGUGAUUUCUUUUUCAUGAAACUCCUCAUCUUGGAUGGGAUCUUACAGUACGCCUUUUGCUGCAAUGAGGAGGAAGAGAUCACACGGAUCAGUACAUUGAUUCGUGUUGAUGAUGGCAUGGUUCACAUUGCUAAUAUCAGGCAGCACCUGACCCCUUGUGAAGCAGAGCUAACUCUCUCUGGUCACGAGAAAAUCAAAAGCUCCGCAAGUAAUUACUGGUUGGGACACAUGAUACAAAGCACAAACCACAUCUUCACAGGCGGUCUGCCACAACAAUACCUACCCAGUCAGAAAGCGAAACCUUUCCACAACUAUACUGGCUGCAUUGAAAUAAUUGAAAUGAAUAACCUGAGGAGCUUUUACACAUCUGAUGCCAUCGAUGGCAGAAACAUUGACCAAUGCAGAUAUACUUGGCAUGUCAUUGAAGCCUCCACGACAAGUUCCUCAACUUUGGAAACUCAAUCAACCACGCCUGACACCAUGAACACAACGACUGUGGCAGCUCCCACACAAACACCAAAACAGCCUGUGUACAAACCUCAGGUCUGCCGCGACGGCGUCUGCCGCAACGGAGGAACAUGUCAUGAGCUGCAGCUGCCUGGUGGAGCUCUGCCUUCCUGUCACUGCCCGCUUCACUUUACUGGAACUUUUUGUGAGAAAGAUACAACAGUAUACAUCCCCUCAUUUGAUGGCACGUCUUAUUUGGAGCUUCAGCCGCUUGCAUUCCUUCUCCAGCCUUCUCUACCUGCUGCUGUCAAGGACACCACUGUUACUCUCUAUUUGACAGUGAAAACAAGAUCUGCACAGGGCACCAUCCUCCACACUCAGGAGCAGAACUUUGGGGAUCGGUUCCUUCACGUGUUCCUUCAAGAUGGAGCUCCUGUUGCUAAACUUGGGUGUGGUGGCGGCCAUGUUUUGAAUGCAGCAGCAGAGCAGAACAUCAACAACAACAGAUGGAUGCCAAUCACAAUCCGAUACAAUCUGCCUGUUGGCAAACAAGGGGGGUCAUGUAUGAUUGAAAUAGCUGCAGAUAAUGGCACAGCCCAGCGUCUCGAGGAGUACGUGUCACCAGCCGUGUCAGAGGGAACCUUUGGUCCCAUAUUUCUUGGGGAUAUGUCGUCCCACUGGGAGAUGCAUGAUGGGAGUGCAAAGGGAGCAAGGAGAUUCAUUGGCUGUAUCAGGGAACUUCAGGUCAACUCAAAGGAGAUUUACCUGGUGGGAGAGGCAGUGAGAGGGAGAAACAUCAAGAACUGUGACCCGCCCGUCUGCCAACACCUUCCCUGUCGUAAUGGAGGGACUUGUGUCAGUGAUGCUGAGGACUGGUUCUGCGAGUGCCCCCCGCUCUACACAGGCCGGCUGUGCCAGUUCAAUGCCUGUGAGCGCAACCCCUGCGGUCAUGGAGCCACAUGCAUCCCAAAGUCGCCACUGGAGGCUGUGUGUCUCUGCCCCUACGGAAGGCAAGGUCUACUGUGUGAUGAACCCAUCAACAUAACUCGUGCCAGAUUCAGCGGGAGUGAUGAGUUUGGUUACACCUCCUUUGUGGCUUAUUCCUCCAUCCCGAGCCUCAGUCUGUUCUACGAGUUCAAACUGAAGUUCACACUCGCCAGCAAUUCAUCCGCUGUGAAAGACAACCUGAUCCUGUUCGCUGGGCAUAAAGGACAAGGAAAUGAUGGCGAUGACUUCCUCGUUUUGGGAAUACGAAAUGGCCGAGUUGUGCAUAAAUUCAACCUCGGAUCAGGCGUAGCCACCAUAGUCAGUGAUCGACUGAACCACCAGAUCAACAUUCACACUGUUACAUUUGGAAGGUCCAAGAAAACAGGAUGGCUGAAGCUUGAUGGACAACGUAACAGGACGGGAUCGUCUCCAGGACCUCUGGUGGGCCUCAAUGUUUUCAACCAGCUCUUUGUAGGUGGAUAUAAUGAGUACACCCCAGAGCUACUCCCUCUUGGCUCCAGGUUCCGGCAUGGCUUCCAGGGGUGCAUUUUUGAUGUGCAGUUUCGCACAAGAAGAGACAGAAAGUUCCAAGUACUGGGACAGCCUGCGGGACAUCCAGCCUUCGGGCGCAGUGUGGGUCAAUGUGGAGUCACGCCGUGCGUUCAUAUUCACUGCAGGAACGGGGGAACAUGCGUGGACUCCGGCUCAUCUGUGUAUUGCCAGUGCCCAUUUGGAUGGAAGGGAGCACUCUGUUCUGAGACCGUGUCUGUGUGUGAUGUCGAGCACAGUCCCCCUCCUCUGUGUGCCCACGGCUCCACCUGCAUCCCUCUCCCAAGUGGAUAUACCUGCCAGUGCCCCCUUGGGACUGCAGGGCUUUACUGCGAGCAAGCUGUGACCAUCAGUGAUCCAUUCUUCAGCGGGAACCUGUCUUCAUGGAUGUCUUUCCCACCUAUGAGCAUUAGACACAGGACUGCUUUGCAGCUGCAGUUCCAGCCGUUGUCACCAGAGGGCAUCCUGGUCUACACUGCACAGCAUCUCAGUGCAAGAGCAGGAGACUUUUUCUGCCUCUCCUUGAAAUCUGGGUUUGUCCAGCUGCGGUUCAAUCUGGGAGACGGCACCCACAUGCUGCAGUCCGUUGGGCGAGUGGACUCGCGCGGCAGGACCUGGCACACGGUGAAGGCUGGCCGAAUUGGACAGCAAGGCUUCCUCAGUCUGGAUAAUGAAGAGGUUAUAGAGAAUGUGACUGAAGGGAUGACCACCCUCGAUGUCGCUACAGACAUCUUCGUCGGAGGUGUGUCCACUCUGAGUUUCGUCUCCACGGAUGCAACCGAAGGGGAGCCAAUGGGCUUCACUGGCGGGCUAAGAGAACUUAUAGUCAACGGUCAAGAGCUUGGGUUAACAGAGGUGGGGGCAGUAGGUGGAGCAAACAUAGGGGACUGGGAUGGGACGGCCUGUGGGUACAAGGUGUGCCAAAAUGGAGGUCACUGCAGGGCAGCGAGUCACUCAUUCACAUGUAUAUGCCCACCACCAUGGACUGGCUCUGUGUGCAACCAGUCUGUCAGCUGUGCAAACAACAUGUGCAUACACGGCUCCUUGUGCGCUCCAUUCAAUAUGACCUCAUACCGCUGCAUGUGCCCCUUAGGACUGGGAGGGAGGUACUGUGACACAGAAAUAUCCAUAGACACACUAAAGUUUGUGGGAAACUCGUUUGUUAGAUACUGGGACCCGAGAUACAACGUGAGAAAUUUAAAAUACACACAGGUUUCUUUCAGCUUCCGCACAAGCUCAAAUGCGAGUCUGAUCAUGUGGAUGGGAAAGGCAGAGCACGAAGAUGACGACUACCUCGCAAUUGGACUCGAGAGUGGCCACCUGAAAAUUGCAGUCAAUCUCGGAGAGAGACUUUCCCUCCCAUUAACUUUCAGAAAUCUUACACUGUGCUGCAACAAAUGGCAUAAUGUCUCCCUAUCACUAAACAGCACUGUCAUUCAGGUGUUCCUGAAUAGUACCAGAAUCCUUUUUGAAGAUGUGGACCCAUUUGAGCGCUAUGUGGCCUUAAACUAUGGGGGUCAACUUUAUUUUGGAGGGUUCGAAUUACACAGAAACAUAUCGGUUGUCACUUCUGGGUUGUUUUCAAAGGGCUUUGAAGGAAAUCUUAAAAAUGUUCAUUUGUUUGAAGAUACCAAACCAGUGCUGUUUCUCAAAAAUAGUGAAGGUUUUAAUGUUCAUGAGGGAAAUGAAUAGUGGUGAAGAUGUAACUCCCUGCAUUUACAAUACCUGGAAAAAAAGCUUCUAUGGUGUUUUAUAAUGCCCUGGUAGUGCUACACACUUGUCUGUAAGGAGACUUGUGUACCACUUGGCAAAAAUUAGGUUCCAGUUUUUUAAGAGAAAGUUCACACUAAACUAUAUUUUACAACAUGCUUCCUCAACACUUCAUAGCUCAGGUUUCAUUUUACUUUUUUAUGGGUUGUGGAGAUUUUACUCAUAUGGGUACAUUGUCUGAAUCAGAACUCUGUAAAAGGACAAAUUUCAACAAUCAAAUAACAUGAAUUCAAGUCCUUUAUGUCUGAUUCCUUGGCAAACACUAGUGUUUUUUUAGAUAACAACUUUACUGUCUAAAAUCAUUGUAAUAGUACAAUUUGAAUCCAGUAUCCAAGUGGUUUUUACCUUUAAUACAAAGACGUGAGAAGUUUUUAUAAUCAACAAUAAAAAAGGAUUAGCUUUAUUACGAACUGUACAUAAACACACAGUGCAAAGGCACACUUCAUCUCUAAUGUAUAUUACAAGCCAAAAUGUACAUACUUUUUCAAAAGGAAGUAAGUUUAUAAAAUAUUUAAGCAAUUUAAAAGAAAUUCAGUUCAGAUGAAAGCAAAGCUGCUGUUUAGAUCCAUCCUCAGUUAAAUGUUUUCUGUUACAUUCAUUCCAAAUGUUUGAACUUAAACUUCUCACCAAAUGGUCCACACAUGUGUUGUAAGUUAUGAGACUGUGAAAACGCUCACUGAUCAUUUGUAGUCAGUACAGCAGCUCAAUAUGAACAGGACAAUAAAAGGUUAAAAAUUUGAAAAUGUUCCAAUACCGAGUUCUUCUUGGUCUGAAAAGAAUCCAUGAUAAUCGUCACAGUCCCAACUGAAAUGAUAUCUCAUUUUGACUGUACUGUCAAUAACAUAAAAUGGAACUUCAAUAAAGGAAAUGGCAUAUAA